UUGGACCAUGGGAACUUCAUUUUGGGGUGUUCGAUUUGCGGAAGUGCGAGGGUCUGUACUUUUGCAUGGACUGGUCAACAAAACGUCUAUGCCUCCCGUCCUCUCCCUUCGUGUCACUGGUUAAUAUAGGCCGGAAUGUGGACACUUUCCCAAAAUAUGCACAACUUCGAACAGACGACCAACGAAGAAGAUUACAAAUAUCAGAACCCCGAAUGAUGAUUCAAUAUUGGCAUAAACUACACCACAACGACGGCGAUGUGUGCAUAUGUUACCAAAUGGGAAAGUUCGAGUAUCAUACAAUGCAUGGCUGACAAAUGGAACGAAACCCUGAGCAUGGACAUACCCUCAAGAGUAUUUAACGGUGGUCAAGGAGAUCGUUCGAUGAGCUUCUCUCCACCAAGACCAACACUUGGUUCCCGGAAUGUGGCCAAUCCGAUCUCCAGCACAGACAGGCUCAUCUCCCUCUGGCGGACGAAAAAGGCAAGACUUCCAUUCGUGGAUACGCCAACUCCUCGUCAAAAAACAAGCGAACCAGGUCGCCUAAUGUUCUGGCGUGUUCCAUUGGGCAUCAGGAGGCCCUAGGCCGCCAGCCCGCGUGGGAUCAGCGAAUACGAAAGCGUAGAAGCACUGAUGAAAGGGAGCUUCAACCCGUCGCUUUGCGAAAGGGUCAACAGGAAUGGCCAUCGGAACGGACAACUUCGUCAAAGGGAACCAAGGGAGUCUGGCCAUCUGACCAUCUGACCAUCUGACCAUCGCGCAAGACUGGGCCAUGCUCCAACUUGUUGAACGGCGUGAGGAAACGGACCAGGUGAGACGAUGCGACCCGAGCCUCG